AUGUCAGUUAACGGAGCUAAUACACCUGAGGUCGAAUUAUUGAAACAGUGCAUUAGCGAGCUUGAGGCCAAGAAUGCCGAAAUACCUGAUCUUAAAAGAAAGGUUUCUGAGUUUGAUGAUAAGCGAACUGAACUUAAACGCAGGAUUGCCAAGACCCUAAGAUCGACUGAGGAAACGAGUAAGUGGCGUGAUACUGAAAAUACCAAACUAAAGGUCAGAAUUGAGGAGUUAGAAUCUGAGAAUGUUGAUUUUAGAGAUAGACUCACGAAAGUUGAACAGAAGCAGUUGCAAAAUAAUAAUACUCCUAACAAAAACCCAUCUAACUUCAAUUCCGAUACUUCAUUACCAAGAGAACCGAUACCAGAAGUUUCACCU